GCGUUGUAGAUCUUAAAAAGAAUAAGAUAAAAGAAUCCGAAACCCCAAAACCCGUCACCGGCAGCCUCCAGAUCCGACACCGUAGCGGAUCUCUUUCGGAUCCGGAUCCGAUAACCCGAUUCCGGCCGCCGGGCCCGACGAGGAUAACCGCAGCGGGAUGCUCUGAAAGAAGAAAGGGCCCUUACUUUCAUGCACGAUUCCUCAGAAAUGGAUGGAAACAACGGCGUUGGGAUAGCUAUUGCUGCUCCUAAUCCUAGAGCCAGAAAAUUGAGGUCAGCAGUUUGGAAUGACUUCACUAAAGAAAAAAGGGAAGAUGGUGCUAUGGUAGCUACCUGUAAUCACUGCAAGCGACAAUUGACAGCAAGCAGUAGAAGCGGCACAACGCAUCUCAAGAACCACCUAGCAAUCUGUACUACUACCAAUGUCCGACGACCAGAUCGCCGGAAAAGGAGAAAACUUGUUAUACGCCGACCAGUACAGAUUGCUUAUGGGGCCCAGAAAGAUGGAGCUGCAGAACUUGAGGGCUCCCAUUUUGAUCAAGACCUAAGUCGACAGGACCUUGCUCGGAUGAUUAUUUUGCAUGAAUACCCUCUUUCAAUUGUUCAUCAUGCUGGGUUUAGAACCUUUGUAAGGAAUCUUCAACCUCAAUUCAACUUGCUUUCUCAUGAGACUAUCAAGGAUGAUUGCAUGAAGAUUUAUGAUAAUUUGAGGCUUAACUUAUAUGAAGUUCUUGACAAGCUCCCAUGUCGAGUUAGUCUCACAGCAGAUACUUGGAGAUCUGGUGUCAGUGAGGAGGAGGAAUACUUAUGCUUGACUUGCCAUUACGUUGAUAAUGACUGGAAGCUUCAGAAGAAGACUAUAAACUUCUUGCAUUUUGACGCUCCGUCCACAGGAGAAGAAAUUAGUAAAGCCAUUAUAGAGAAAUUGUAUGAGUGGAAACUGACCAAGAAGGUAGCCACCAUGAUCCUGGACAGCUGUAACCAUACUGAAGAGGUGACUGGAGAAAUGCUUAAAUUUCUCCGCCCAAAGGCAUCCCUGCUUUUAAAUGGUGAUUUAUUUCAUGUCCAUGGUUAUGCACAUGUAUUAAAUCUUGUUGUCCAAGAUGGUCUGGAGGUAGUAUGUGAGGUCGUUGAUAGAGUUAGAGAUGCCAUCAAACAUGUGAAAUCCUCUCAAGAAAGUAUAAGAAGAUUUCAGAAGUUAGCAAGGUUAGUUCAAGCCCCACAGAAACCUCUAAUUCUUGAUGUUAAGGGUAAUUGGAGUUCAACAUACUCAAUGCUUGCAACAGCAUGUGGGUUUGAGUAUGCUUUUGAGCGCUUGGCAGAGAGUGACAAAGAGUUUGCGGACUUGCUUUCAUCUAAGGAUAUGGAUGAUGUUAAAGCUGUUUGUGAGUGCAUGGAUGUGUUCUAUAGUGCUAUUGAAAAAUUUUCUGGAUCCAGAGUCCCCACUGCAAAUCUCUUCUUCAAUGAUGCAUGUGGUAUACGCUUAUUAUUGAAAGACUGGUCAGUUAACCCACUUUCAGUUGUUGCAACAAUGGCUUCAGAAAUGCUUGACAAGUUUGAGCAGUAUUGGGAUGUUACUGGAAAGGUAAUGGCAAUUGCUUCGAUUUUAGAUCCUAGAUACAAAAUGAAGUCCAUAGAGUACUUCUUCAAGCUAAUUUACGAUGGUGAAUACGAAGCCAAGACUAAAAUUGAGAACAUCCGUAAGAAUUUGACAAGUCUGUACAAUGAAUAUCUAGUUCGUUCUGCUUACACUUCGAAUAAUCAGAACCUUCUAUGCUAUGACGAGGGCAGUAGUGACCGCACAAAUGCAGCAGGUUUUAGUAUUUCUAGCUUCAAAACCUCUUCUCGUAUCACGCUGUCUGAUACACAAAGGGGACUUGAUCAGUAUCUUCAACAGACCUCGUCAAGCCAUUCAAUAAAAUCAGAUUUGGACAUGUACUUAGAGGAACCAGUUCAUCCCUCAAAAGAAGGCCUCAGUGACAGUUUUAAUGUUUUAGCUUGGUGGAAGUUCAAUGAAGCUAAAUAUCCUAUUCUUUCUCUAGUGGCCCGCGAUAUAUUGGCCAUUCCAAUAUCUGCUCAAUUAAAUGUUGAAGGUAGAUCACUCAAUCAAUAUCUUAGUUCCAUGGAUGCAAUGACUGUACAAGGUCUUUUAUGUGCUCAAGGUUGGCUAAGAGAUGAAGUUGCAGAUGUGAACAUUUGUGGGGCUGGUGACAUGGAUAGUGAUAUAUGUACAGUGGCUAUCACUGGGAAAGAGCUAUCUCCAGGACCUCAGUAGGUCACAUUGAUGAAUUACAUUGGACUAUGUUGAUAAUCUAGAGUUGGUAAUUAGGGGCUCUGUCUGAUUUGUAAAUUGUAAGUGUGUUUCCUUGAAACAACAUCCAUGUCUUUACAUGGAAAAUUGUAGACUGUACGGCAAGGUUUGCCCCGACAAAGUUAAAGGCUAUUUACUAUUUGUUUGCCUUAGAUUGACAUUCUGUUUUAAUGCAGUGGGUUAGCAACCACUAAGUAGCUUUGAUGGUUAAUAUAUAAUCACUCUAAAGAUUCUCAUCU